AUGUUAAAAAUUUUGAAAUGUCAUUUUAAAAAAAAAGUUAAAGUCUAUUCAGAUGGAAAUGAUAAUGAAGAUAGAGGAAAAAUAGUAAAAUAUAAUGGAGAUGAAAAUACGUUGCUAAAGUCAGAAAAUACAUCAAUAAAAAAAAUGAGAUCUGUAUUAUAUGAAGAGUCUAUUAAUUUUAGUGAAAGUAAUACUUAUUAUAAAAGUACAAAUAUUCAUAAUUAUAAUAACAUAAAUGCUUACUCUGAUUAUAUAAAAAAGUCUAAAUAUGCAAGAACAUAUGAACAGGAAAAUAUUUAUAAUGAAGCUUUGAAUUUAUAUAAUAAUAGAAACACAUAUAAAAAAAAAAGAUAUUUUAAUGAUUUUUAUGCAAAUAUAAGAAAGAAUAUACGUAAGAGUGAAUUUUUUGGUGAUAAUAAUGGAUAUAUUGAAGAAUAUCAGAUAGAAGGAAGUAAUAAUGAUUUAGAUAAAAAAAUAUUAAAUGAAAAUAUCUAUAAAAUAAGAAAAAGAGAACAAAGUAUUUUAUUCCAUAAUAAAUAUAAAGAAUUGUUUAGUGAAAGUAAAAUUAAUAUGAAAACUAUUAAUGAAACACAUAAUAGAAGAAAAACCUGUAAAAGGGAUACUAAAGAAAAAGUAAAAAGUACUAAUUUAUUAUGUGAUAUAAAAGAACUAAAUAGUUUUAGUGAUACAAAUUCUUUUGAUGAAAAAGAUGAAAAUUUCUUAGAAAAACUAAUAAAGUUACAAUAUACACCUGAGCAGAUAUCACAAUUAAGCGAUUUAUUUGAGAAUCCCAAAACAUUAAAAAAUGUAAAUGUUAAAAUAUUGAAGUGGUUAAAUAAUCAACUGAAUAAUGGUUAUUGGUUAGAAAGAUUUUCUUUAUUUCUAUUAGGAUUGACUAUAGCUAUAGGUGUAGGUAAUAUUGAAACAAUAUGGUUUUUAAUGUCUACCUGGCAUGGUGUUAUUUUUAUUUUACCUUACAUUCUUUGCUAUAGCUUUGUUUGCCAUCCCAUUUUAUCAUUUGAAUUAUAUAUAGGGCAACUCGUUAGAACAUCUGCUCCUUUCGUCUUUUAUAGAUUAUUGAAACAAUCUGCUUCUGUUGGUUUUCUAAUGGUAUUAACAUGCUUAAUAAAUAGUUAUAUAAAUAGUUAUAGAACAGCAGCAGAAUAUUUUAUAUAUUUAGUGAACUCCUUUAAAAAAGAAUUACCAUGGAAAUUAAAUAGUGUAGAAAUUGAUUUUUGCACAAGUUUUAAAAAUGAUUUUGUAAGUUGCCAUAAGUAUAGACCAUUAUGUUUAUUUUCAAAAUCUACCUCCUCUUGUGUACCUAAUAAUUUAGGAAAAGCUUAUUUAAUUUAUCAAAAUAAAUUUUUUCCGAAAAAUGAGUUAUAUAAUUCUCUAUUAAACAUAAAUAAAAAUAAUUCUUAUAUUAAUAUUUUCUCUAGAAGUGAAUCUUAUAUAGAUAAGGAUACAUUAUUUUUCUUAUUUGUUUGCAAUUUUUUAGUUACAAUUUUUCAGUUGUUUGGUUUAACUAAUUUCGCCUUUUGUUCAGCUCUUGUUCUUUUGUUAAUAGGUUUUUUAUCUAUUACUCAGUUUGCCACUAUGUUUAAUCUUAGUGGUGCGACUCAGGCAUAUUCUCACGUUUUAAAAUCAUGGGAAAUUUCUUAUAUAUAUACUUAUUCAUCAAUAUGGUCUCAAUGUGUUUCUUUUGCUCUUUAUGAGUUAUCAAUUGGAAUCGGAAUUUAUUCAUCUCUAGCAACAAAAUCUAGAAUAGGAACAAAUUUAGCUUUUGAUGGAUAUGCUAUUACCAUAUGGAAUUCCAUAAUUUCUGCACUUAUGUUUUUUUCAGCAGUUGCUGUUAUUGGUUUUAUCUCGAAAAGUUUAAAUUCCAAUUUUGUUGAUAUUUUAGAAUAUUCAAGAAAAGAUUGCUCUUUUGUUCUUUUUCCUGUUGGAUUUACUUAUUUAAAGAAAAUGGAAAAAACUUUAUGUAUGCUAUACUAUGGUUCAUAUGCUGUUCUAUCAUGUGCUUCUUUGGCUAUACAAUAUGAAGUUUUAGUGAUGACUAUAAAAGAUUUUAAGUUUUCCAAAAAUAAAAAGAAAAGAACUAUUAUUUUAACUUUGUCUAUAUUUUUUUUCUUAGCUUCCUUUUUUAUAUCUAAUACUGAUUCUAAAAAUGUUAUUUGGUUUUUAACUUUUACUAUUUCAGAAAAUGGUAGAGUUUUUGUUGCUCUUUCAAUUUGUGUUAUUUUAGGAUGGUUAUAUAAUAUACAAGCUCAAUUUAAAGCAUUAACAACUAUAUGUGUUUUAUCAUUUAAUAUAACCUUUUGGAUAUUAAAUAUAAUUGUCAGUGUUUUAUUCAAUUAUUUAAGUUAUCAUAUUUAUGUUUUAUACUUAUGUAGAUUAAUUAUAUUUUUAAUAAGUACCAUAGUGGCUCUAUUAGCUUUGAAAAUUGAAGUUCAUCUAAAUAAAAAUGAAAUGGAAUUUUUUUAUAAAAAUCUUACUUAUAAGGAUAUACUAUAUACACUAUAUUUAGGAAAUAUUGAAAGUUUAAGAAAAGAAUUACAACGAAUAAUAAGUGGGAAUGUAUAUAUUGGAAACAUUUCUAUGUUUUGGUCUAUUAGUAUAAAAUAUAUAGCAACAUCUAUUUUACUUUCUGCUUUAAUCGAAUUUGUAGAUGGAAUAUUUUAUAGUACUGAAAUAAAAGAAAAAGUUAAAUUAAUACCCAAGGGUUGGGUCAUUUUUUCUAUCUGUUUUUGGAUAUUUACAUUCCUCCUUUUACUGAUGUUUCCUUUUUUUACUAAUUUAUUUGAAAAGUAUUGCGCUCCAGAUGAUUAUUUUGUUGAUUUUGAAUUGUUGCCCUCUAAACCGUUAAAAGAAAUACAGAAUUUUAAUUUACUCUCUUAUUUUUAUGAAUUUAAAAAUAUUAAUAAAAAAAAAAAAAAAAAAUUUUCAUUGAUUAGAAAUAAUUAA